AGAAAACCCCAUGAAAAGUAGAAAUUAGAUUCUCCUCUUGGGCAGAAGGUAUAAAUAAAUAGCGGAGAAAAGCAGCUCAGAGAGGUUUCGUUACGACCCUGCAAAGAAUCGGGCAUCUUCGAUGGCGGUGGCCUUCUCUUCAAGUUCAUCCUUGUUCCUCGCUUUCAGGGCUUCUCAGGAGUCCGUAGAAGAGGUUUCGCAACUGCAACCAAUCGUCACUUCUCCUUUCAGUUUCUCCGAAUCAACUCAGGCCGUCCCAAUACUGCCUUCAAUUCUCAUUCUACACAUCUUGGAAUGUCAGAAAUGGCUGUUCCAGAAGUAAACAAGAGAUUGCUUGGUGAACUCCAAGAAAUGGGAUUUCCAUUGGCUCAAGCAACAAGGGCACUUCAUUUUUCCGAUAAUUCUAGCAUUGAUGCUGCUGUAAACUGGCUAUUUGAUCAUCAGAAUGACCCAGACAUUGACCAGAUGCCCUUGGUUCCAGUGAACAUCGAAAUUGAGACUUCUGAUCCUUCUUCCGUUGCAGAAGAAGUGAAGUUAAAAGCACAGGAAUUAAGAGAUCAAGUACGCAUAAAGAAGGAAAAUGAAGAGAAGAAACUGGAAAGAGAAAGGGAGAAGGAGAGGAGACGAUCAGGAAAGGAAUUGCUCGAGGCAAAGAGUAAUCAGGAAGAAAAUGAAAGAAAAAGAAAUAUAGCCUUGCGGAAAGCAGAGAAAGAGCAAGAGAAAAAAGAUAGAGAUAGAAUUCGUCAGAAACUCCAACAAGAUAAGGCAGAAAGAAGGCGGAUGCUGGGAUUGCCUGUGGAAGACCCUCCUCCAUCCAUAAAGAGUGCUUCAAACUUGAUGCAGCAAGUAAAGGUUCCUGUUACGUUUGUAACAGUGCCAACCACAGAGCUUAUGGUGGACUGUUUAAGAUCUCUCAAGCGCAACCACAAGGAUGAUGGUACCAAAGCGAGGAGAGCUUUCCAGACUCUUUUGAUUUACGUCGGAAAUGUUGCAAGGAAUCCUGACGAGGAAAAAUUCAGAAAAAUACGUAUCAGCAAUCCAGCCUUCCAGGAGAGAGUCGGGAAUAUGAAAGAAGGUACCGAAUUUCUUGAACUUUGUGGCUUUGAGAUAGUUGGAGGCAAAUUUUUGUUUCUCCCUAGAGACAAGGUUGACAUGGAGGUAUUGAAAUCAGCUGGGACUGCAUUGAACUCUGCGAUAACCAACCCGUUCUUCGGACUUCUUUCAAAGUGAAGAGAAGAUAAAGCCCGCACCAAUGGUUGGAGUUUGAAACAAACUCAGAAUAUUUGGCUACUGAAAAUUUGAGGAACCGUAUCUUGCUACUGAAAAUUUGAUUAUUUACGGUGCACACUGUACAUCUAUCUUGGGGCAUUUGCUAUAUCUGCCAGAUGGAAUGAACUUAACAAGGCCUGACCUCUCUUGUCUGAACAAUAGGGUUGUCUAAGCAGUGCUUUGACUAACUUCUUGCCAAGGCCGUUGUAGCCGAAGUGGCAUUUCUCCAAUCUCUCCCUGCGGAGGUUUUGGGUUCGAGCCUCAUAUUGAAUGACCGGGACUGAUACCCGUUUCUUUUU